GUCGAGCAAGUGUUUAUACACUUCCUGAUUUGUCCAAUUAUAAACCAACAAAUAUUCAAGUUAAAUUUUUGCCCGCUUUAACUACUUCGCAUCUUCAACCUAUGGAUGCGGGAAUUAUUAAAUGCUUCAAGGCAAAAUAUCAAAAAAAAUAUAUUCAACAUAUUCUGGAUCACGAAAUAAGUGAAUUAGUAAUUGAUCUUACUGAUCCAACGGUUUCACAAGAAAUAAAAUCUUACCAAGAAAUUAAUAGUACUUAUAUUCCUACGGAGGAAAUACUUGAUGAUAACCAAAUUGUUGAAACUGUAUUAGCGGAGCAAUUAGAACGUCAGCAAG